AGACAGUCAGGUUGCUGCUCCAAUUCUCCAUUCAUUCCAAAGAACUUAGGAAGGAGAACAGUCUGUGGCGAGGGACUGGUCAAGUCAUUAGAGCUUGGGCAAACACAGAAGUCAACUCAUUGACCACUCACUCAGUCAUAGGAUGGCCGACCAGUUUUCAGAGGAGCAGAUUGCUGAAUUCAAAGAGGCUUUCAGCCUUUUUGACAAGGAUUCUGAUGGCUGCAUCACCACUAAGGAACUGGGCACUGUGAUGAGGUCACUAGGCCAGAACCCCACGGAGGCCGAGCUGAAGAACAUGAUUGGAGAGAUUGAUACUGAUGGUAAUGGUACCAUUGAUUUCCCUGAGUUCUUGAGCAUGAUGGCAAGGAAGAUGAAGGACACGGACAGUGAGGAGGAGAUCCGGGAGGCUUUCCGGGUGUUUGACAAGGAUGGCAAUGGCUUUGUCAGUGCAGCAGAGCUAAGGCAUGUGAUGACCAAGCUCGGGGAAAAGCUGACAGACGAUGAAGUCGAUGAGAUGAUCCGGGAAGCUGAUGUUGAUGGUGAUGGCCAGGUGAACUAUGAGGAAUUUGUCCGCAUGCUUAUCUCUAAGUAGAGAGGAUGGGGAGGACAGAACUCUAGUCCUGACUCAAAUAGCUUUCUUUAGCUUCAUAUUGUGCUCUUAAUUUUCUGAUGGGG